AAAUCCCACCACAAACCCGGAAGCGUUCUGACUGCACCGUGACUGCUCUUCAUUCAGCUGCCAGCUGCUCGUUUUCACUCCGUUACCGUACAGAUAGCCGUUCAUACCGGGAGCCUGAUAUAUCCCCGUGUAGAUAGACUAACGGAGAGCAACUAUGGCUGGUCGGUUACCGGCUUGUGUUGUUGACUGUGGAACAGGGUACACAAAGCUUGGUUAUGCAGGAAAUACAGAACCACAGUUCAUCAUACCUUCAUGUAUCGCAAUCAAAGAAUCGGCCAAGGUGGGAGACCAGGCCCAGCGCAGGAUGAUGAAGGGUGUUGAUGACCUGGACUUCUUCAUAGGGGACGAAGCCAUCGACAAACCGUCAUAUUCAACAAAGUGGCCCAUCCGUCACGGGAUAGUGGAUGACUGGGACCUGAUGGAGAGAUUUAUGGAGCAGAUCAUCUUCAAGUAUCUGCGGGCAGAACCUGAAGACCAUUACUUUCUUUUGACAGAGCCUCCCCUCAACACACCAGAAAACAGAGAGUACACAGCAGAGAUCAUGUUUGAGUCGUUCAACGUCCCGGGUCUCUACAUUGCCGUUCAGGCUGUCCUGGCGCUGGCUGCCUCCUGGACAUCCAGACAGGUGGGAGAGCGGACGCUGACGGGGACGGUGAUCGACAGCGGAGACGGAGUCACACACGUCAUCCCGGUGGCUGAAGGCUACGUCAUCGGCAGCUGCAUCAAGCACAUCCCCAUCGCCGGUCGAGACAUUACGUACUUCACUCAACAGCUGCUGAGGGAGCGAGAGGUGGGGAUCCCUCCAGAGCAGUCCCUGGAGACGGCCAAAGCUGUCAAGGAGCGGUUCAGCUACGUCUGCCCCGACCUUGUUAAGGAGUUCAGCAAGUACGACACAGACGGCUCCAAGUGGAUCAAACAGUACACGGGCAUCAACAAUAUCUCCAAGAAGGAGUUCACCAUCGAUGUCGGCUACGAGCGCUUCCUGGGGCCGGAGAUCUUCUUCCACCCUGAGUUUGCCAACCCAGACUUCACCCAGCCGAUCUCAGAGGUGGUGGACGAGGUCAUCCAGAACUGCCCCAUCGAUACCAGACGUCCGCUGUACAAGAACAUCGUGCUCUCCGGAGGCUCCACCAUGUUCAGGGACUUUGGCAGACGCUUGCAGAGGGACAUCAAGAGGAGCGUGGACGCACGGCUGAAAACCAGCGAAGAGCUGAGCGGCGGCAAGUUGAAGCCGAAGCCGAUCGACGUGCAAGUCAUCACUCAUCACAUGCAGAGGUACGCCGUCUGGUUCGGAGGAUCAAUGCUGGCGUCUACUCCUGAGUUUUACCAAGUGUGCCACACCAAGAAAGACUACGAGGAGUUCGGGCCGAGCAUCUGCCGCCACAACCCCGUAUUCGGAGUCAUGUCUUAGGCGCCGGGCGGAGAGGAGGAGCGCAUUCAGCGGAGGCCGAGGAAAAACACGGGAGGAAGCGCCGCCAAGACCUCACAUGCUGUGGAAGUCCUAUGAGCCUUUGCACGGAUGCUCCGACGGAUAAAGCGACAGUGGACCAAACAAACUGCCAAAAGAGCAGCAACAUCCUCACCAACUAGAGGAACAAGAGGUGACUCAGCCCCAAAGGAUCCUCCAAUAAAAUGUUUACUGCAAGUAGGUUAAUAGUAGGUGAUACAUCUUUAAUUUCUGCGUGCCUCGUAUACGUACUUAUAAUAUCCUCACAGGGUUGUAAUAUGUAAUUAAUCAACAUGAGUCCUGUAUAAAUGCACUUCUCUGUGUAUAAGGGUUGGGUCCUUUCUAUCUGUUAUUUCAGCAUUAGCUAGUUCAUCAUCAAAUGGGUGCAAGCAUACAACAAAUCAGUAGACAUACUCACCAUUCCUGAUUUUCUUUUUUUGUGUCUUAUAUUGUCCCACAGUACCUGGAAGAAACAUUAUUUGAAUUUAGAUUAAUUUCAGGCAUUUAAAACAUAUUAUUAAUCUGUUCAAAUAAUCCUCCAGGUUUCACUGACGUCUUCUUACUCGUCACUGCUUUCCUUUUUUUUACUUGUAUUAAUCAUCUCUUGACCAACCUGUCUUGAAAAAAAAGAAAAAAAAAGAAGUGGUAUUAAUAUAUGAACAUGCAGUUUGAUGACUGUUGUUGGACCAUCACUGUUGCCUAGAUCUCAGUUAUACUGGAUAGCCUUGUACUGUACCAAAUCUGGAUUUCAAUGCUGGCAUUCCAAUAAAUGCCAAGGAGAUAUUUCUACA